AUGUCUACAAUUUAUUCCUCACCAAUGACGCCCUCGAAGCUGCGCAUUAAGGACGAUCUCUACAAUCGUCUCGCUCCAUCUCACACCGAUGAGAUGUUGUACAAAGCUGUCAAAACAAGAAGUUCCAACUAUUUUCACACCGGUGAAGGUGCUAUAAGCCACGAUCAACAAGCGUCCAAUGAAGAUACGAACCGUAACAGAAGCGGUUGUCCUUCGCAAGUGAUAAAAGAAAGAAUUAUUACGAAGCAUUCACCAACCCAUGGAGAUGAGUGCGAGAAUACGGACACAGGGGUUGCACACAAGUCUGCGUUUAUCUUUCCGGCCCAGUUCUACAAGAACUUGUUUGCCGCUUCGGCGUCUCUGCUUAAGAAACAGCAGUCUGGGUCGGAUACCUGCCGCCAUUAUCCAGAGGACCAUUCGGAGGAUGAAACUGGACACGAUGAGCAGGCGGAAGAUCUUUCUAACCCUACGGCGAGUUCACCUCUGGAGUUCCCGCGAAGUCUGUUCCCCAACCCAUCGUCCUCACAGGCUCAAGCACAGCAACAAAGUGCGUCAGGCGGUGCACAUCCGGAAAUUGACCGUGAUGUUGACACGAGUGAAAGUAAUGAGAUCCUGGAGAAACCGUCAAACGCAUUCCCGUGGCUGUCAGAGGCGACCAACAACAACGACUAUACCAAGGGCAAUAACAAUCAUCACGGUACGCCGCCCCAUCUACAUCCGCACCCUCACCAUCCGCAUCACCAUCAUCACCACCAUCAUCCGCACCAUUCCCAUCAUCCUCACCUGCCGCACUCGGCUGCAACCUCGGCCGGAAGUCAGUCCAAUCUUGGGCCAGCUUCAAGCAGCUCACUAGCUGCCGCCAACUGUCGGCACGGACAUCCGGAAGACACCAAGUGUCGCUCGGUGAACUGCGGGCCACCGCAAUCGCCCUCGGCCUCCUCCAGCCUAGCAGCGAACGAGGGAGCUACUCCCGAUUCCAGCAGCACCACGGCGACCGCCACGGCUAUCCCCAACUUUAACCAGAUGCCCGUCCCGGGCGGUGUGCAGGGCCAGAACCCGACCCAGGGCCUCGUGCACUGGAUGAGCGCGGUAAUGGCCGAGCAUAUGACCUCCAACCCGCACCAUGAUCCGGCUGCCGUCGGGAUGCACUACAUGUGGAACGGACCGGUCGAGCAAUGUGGACAGCACACGAAGGAUAUGGACGCAUACGGUGGUUGGCCGACACCCCGGAACCCGAUGGCGAUGAAGCAAGGAUACGAGGCAAAAAUGAAUCCAGUCGAUCAUCACCAUCACCACCAUCAUCACCAUCACAACAACCUGCAGAAGGGGCACAUGAUCGAUGAUGGGCGCUUGCUGGAUCAUCACACCAUGCAAACGGGCGCUGCCCAGAUGAGCCAACUGUACGGUGCCCGCGGAUCAUCCAGCAGUAGCUCACCGGGCGGCGGACUCACCGGACACGGUGGUCCCCCGAAUCCGGCCACCGCACUGCUCGUCGUACCUCAGCCCAUCAAUGCGACCAAGAUCGGUGGUACCGGACUGCCGAACGGAACUGGCCGAAAGUAUCAGUGCAAAAUGUGUCCCCAGAUCUUCACCUCCAAAGCGGACCUGCAGCUGCACACGCAAAUUCACAUGCGUGAAGCCAAGCCGUACAAAUGCUCCCAGUGCAAUAAGGCGUUUGCCAACUCGAGCUACCUGUCGCAGCACACCCGCAUCCAUCUCGGCAUCAAGCCGUACCGGUGCGAGAUCUGUCAGCGCAAGUUCACGCAGCUGUCGCACCUGCAGCAGCACAUCCGGACGCACACCGGGGACAAACCGUACAAGUGUCGGCAUUCGGGCUGUCUCAAGGCAUUCUCGCAGCUGUCCAACCUGCAGUCCCACUCGCGCUGUCACCAGACGGACAAACCGUUCAAGUGCAACUCCUGCUACAAAUGUUUCUCCGACGAACCGUCGCUGCUGGAGCACAUCCCGAAGCACAAGGAGUCGAAGCACCUGAAGACGCACAUCUGUCAGUACUGCGGAAAGUCCUACACCCAGGAGACCUACCUGUCGAAGCACAUGCAGAAACACGCCGAACGGACAGAUAAACGGCCUCCGAUUGGGACGCGAAGUAGCAAUAGUACGGUCAACCUGAGUGCGUCCACUCCCGGCAGUAGCAGCUCGGGCAGUGGCAGUGCAUCGAACGGACCAACGACCACCGUCGGUCCGGCCACUAUGACCGGCGAGAGCACGUUCUGGCCGAAGGUAAGCCCGGACUCGGCCGCGGCCACCAUCAACGAUGUCAUCAACCAACAGAACAAUCACCACGACUUCAGCCUAACUCCGAAUGGCAGCGCAACGAAUGGCAGCAACGGUAGCACCGGCAAUGGUUCUGCAACUAAUGGGCCACAAUCGGGCGGUGGAAAUGCGGUACAUGGGUCCGGGUCGGACCUUCCCGGAUCCCACCAUCAGCGGGAUGAUGCUGUCGACGAGCUGGUUGGAGCAGGCCGAGGACCACCCGACAAUGCGAACACACCCAACGGAAACACCAACACCGGCACCGGAGGUAAUCAAGGGUCCGCACAGCAGCAGCAGCAGCAGCAACAGCAACAACAACAGCAGCAGCAACAACAACCUCCACCGCAGCAGCACAACGGAACUGCACCCAUGAACGGCAACCUGGCAAUCCCACCCGUCUCAACACCCAUGUCCGCUAGCUACGACUCGAGCAGCAUAGCGAAGGCCACCAGCAACUCGGCCUUCACGCCGAUCAACGCGAUGCCACCGCAUCUGAACAGCCUGCAGCACCACCAUCAGCUAGCGACACAGAGGCCCUCCUAUCUGUACGAUGCCAUCAGCUUCCAGAACCAGAAGGCCGCCAUGGCACAAAGUCCUUCGAAUGCAUUUCCCAACCAGCUGAUCUCGCUGCACCAGAUACGCAACUACGCGCAUCAACCUGCCGGUGGGUUAAUGGCCGGUGAGCAUCUGCUCGGUGUCACCGUCGGUCCCGGAGGCAAGGACAAGGGUUAA